ACGUGUUGCAAAUAUCAGGAUUUAUAAACAACACUACUUGUUAUAGUUACACUCAUCCAAACCCCCUUGAGAAAUGAGGAAUCACUGAUGAGAAUUAAGUUUCAUUUAUAACAAAGAGAAAUGACUAUGGUGGAAACUAUAUAUAUGCCAAGUGAAAAUGGUUUUCGUGGCCAAAGUAAGACUCUGAAUGGAGUGCAAAAUGGUGGGAAAUUUUCAAAUGGAUGCCACAUGAAAACAAAACAAGCUGUUGAAGAAAGUAACAUGACAUGGGAGAAGGAUUUCUUUGAAUCUUUUGAAGAAACUCCCAUGCCCGCUGCCGUAUCUACAUACAUUGGGUACCUCAUUCUAGUCGCUGUUGGUCAUGUACGAGAGUUUCUUAAGAGCAUUGGCAUAGGAGUUGUGAAAGGUGUUGCAGAGCCAAGAAUUCCUGGAUUUGUGCCUUUGUAUCAGACAUGGGAAAGCUUUUACUCUUGGUAUGUAUACCGUCGCAUUCAGGACUGUUUUUGUCGGCCUGUUGGUAGUGUUCCUGGGGCCAAGAUGACAGUCAUGGAUCGGGAGAGUAAAGACAAUGGCUGGAAUUUCUACUACACAGGGGGAAAAACAACCGUUUUAAACUUUGGUUCAUACAAUUAUCUGGGAUUUUCUCAGAAUUCAGGACCUUGUGCUGAAGAGGUUGAAGAAACAAUAAAAAAUUAUGGUGUCAGUGUAUGUGCCAGUCGCCAGGAAUUAGGUUACCUGGACUUACACAAACAAAUGGACGAUCUUGUGGCAGAUUAUCUGGGAGUUGAGGAUGCCUUUACAGUGCCUAUGGGAUUUGCUACAAAUUCUAUGAAUAUCCCUACGCUUGUUGGAAAGGGUUGUUUGAUAUUGAGUGAUGAACUAAAUCAUGCAUCUCUGAUUUUGGGUUGUCGCCUGUCUGGUGCAAAAAUACGAACUUUCAAACACAACUGCAUGAAAGAUCUAGAGAAAAAAUUGCGAGAGGCAAUUGUUGAUAAACAACCUAGAACACAUCGUCCAUGGAAAAAGAUUUUAAUCGUGGUGGAGGGAGUUUAUAGUAUGGAAGGUUCCAUUGUGAAAUUGCCAGAGGUGCUCAAUUUAAAGAAGAAAUAUAAAGCAUAUUUAUAUUUAGACGAAGCUCAUAGUAUAGGUGCCAUAGGGCCCCAUGGGAAGGGCGUGGUGGAUUAUUUUGGGCUCAAUCCCCGAGAUGUUGAUAUCAUGAUGGGGACAUUUACCAAAAGUUUUGGUGCUGUUGGGGGAUACAUUGGUGGAUCAAAGGCCUUGGUGAACCACAUUAGACUGUACUCUCAUUCAGCCAUUUAUUCCAGCAGUAUGGCUCCAGGCAUUGCUCAACAAAUCCUCUCCUCCAUGAAAAUCAUGCUAGGAAGAGAUGGAACCAGAGAAGGUGAAAAGAGAAUCCAGCAGUUGAAGUGGAACACUCGUUACUUCAGGAGGCGGCUUCAGGAGAUGGGUUUUAUAUUAUAUGGAAACAAAGAUUCUCCUGUGGUGCCAUUACUUAUGUUUAUGCCAUCCAAAAUAGCAAAAUUUUCCCGAGAGGCUCUGAAGAGAGGAAUGGGUGUGGUUGUUGUAGGUUUCCCAGCCACUCCAAUGACAAAAUGUCGAGCCAGAUUCUGUCUGUCCGCUUCCCAUACCAAGGAAAUGUUAGAUGAGGCCCUUCAGAUAACUAGUGACAUUGGAGACCUUCUGGCCAUCAAAUAUUCUAAGGCAGCCCCACCAUCGUAUUCCGAGGAUGAUGUUUCUCUGGUAGAGGAUGACAAUGAGAAUGCAGUGGAGAGUUCAUGACACACAAUAUCAACAUAAAUCAGCAUUUAUCUAGUCCCCACAUUCAGGAUCAAAGUUCAGGAGCUUCAUUAGGCCAGAACUUCCCACUUCUUCCUCCUUGUAUUCUCACAUGCCUUUGCCCUUGUGUAUAUGUAAAUUUAUCUUGCCUUCAAAGAUGCACACCAAAGAUGAACAAAAAAACCCAAACUGAUUGAAUUUUGUAAACAUUAUGAUGCAGUAGAAAUAGAAAUACUCAUGUAAGAUUAAAUUUUAUUUCUUUCCUGGCUAAAAUUCUUCCAACAAAAUUUAACCUCUGACAAAAUAGAGCUGAGCUACCUGCUAUAAAAUAAUUUUGAUAAACUGUACGUUUUUUGUUUUGUUUUUUUUUUUUUUUGUACUGUAUGCUUAAUGAAUUUGGAAUGUCAUACAAUUUUUGUUUAGAUUUUGUUUUACAUUGGAAAACCUCUAUGUGACAUAUGUGUAUCAGUAACUAAAGAUCGUUUAUUUUAAAGUGUUAAAUUUCUAGAGAUCUUUUUUAAGGACAAUUUUAUUUUCUUUAUAUUUUAGUAUACAACUGUGUGUUUAUAUGUUAUUGCUUU